GAGCCCACCGUGGUGUUCCUGUUCUGGCGUCGUUGCACGCACUUGCACAUCCAGUCCUCCAGCUAGGCGGCUCUUUGCAUUGCGUGUCACCGGCCGUGCGUAUAUCACUUUGGACGCAUUUCUUGGGGCCGAUGAGGAGGCACGCUCUCGGUGCACGUCGUGUUCGCCGCGCCCUUCUUCUCCUUCUCGUCGUCGUCGUCUUGCUGCUCGCUUCCACCGGUGACAGCAUCAGACCGGCUCCUGAUGAUGCAAAACCGGUGACGGUGAUGCGUACGCAGGGAGAUCAGGCUCCCACGGCGUCACAGCAGGGGGAUGAGAAGAAGAAGAGUAUUGCAGCCGGGUUGUUCCCGCAGGAGGAGGUGUACGCGACGGGGUCGAGCCUGCCGGACUGCUCGCACGCCUGCGGGCCCUGCAAGCCGUGCAACCGCGUCAUGGUCAGCUUCAAGUGCUCCAUCGCCGAGCCCUGCCCCAUGGUGUACCGCUGCAUGUGCAAGGGCAAGUGCUACCCCGUGCCCUCCAGCUAAAAAGCUAAGCCGAUUCACCAGCUUCCAAUUCGGCCUCCCCGUGGUACGUCGCUGACCUAAUGUCGGUGCCCGUGCGGAGGGAGCAGCAGUAUCGACGUUUUGAAAUCUUCGUGUGCAUGACAAGAUGUCGUUGAUCGCGAGCUGGCAAUUUGAUUUGUAAAUUAUGACUCCCUGACUAGCUUUGUCCGUGUACUCUCAGCUCCUCAAGUUUCUCGGCUAGUGAUUAAGUUUCUCGGCAUUACUCUCCAAUUCUAUAGUUUGAUUGUUUCUCAA